CGCUGAACUGUCGUUCGCAUCGUCUACGUUCAGAUGGAUCCUAAUAUUGUUAUCAGCUCGGCGUUUACCAUCGGCGCAAGCGCAGCCCAACUUUCGCUCGCUCUCUUUGGAGUAGUCCAGACACUCAAAAAUGCACCCAGUGAGAUAGCGGAGAUCGCGGAUGAAAUAUCUUUACUCGCGGGCAGUUGGCAGACCCUCGGAGAAAUUCUGGAUGUCCAUCGCGACUUGUGCAAGCCUGCACUACUCAAAAACACUCACUUGAUCAUAUCGCGAUAUGAACAGGUUGCUGCAGAAAUCCGACUACUCAUCAAUGAACCUCAAAGCCUAGCGGGGCUCAAGUGGCCGCUGAAGAAACCCAAAGCAAAAGGUCUUUUGAAGAAAGUCGAAGGAAUCAAGACUGCAUUGAUCCUAGAAAUCAACAUUGUUCGACUUGCCAGGGAAGAGGUUAAUCGGCCAUAUCCCGACCCUUACUCGAACGGUCAACUCCAGGGUGGUCCAAGAUUGAAUCGCUUUCGUAGAAUCGUGGAAAGUAGUGUCCAGGCGAACCGGCUCGUCGUAGAGAGCGCACAAAAGGAAGACGAAAAACUUGAAGCUGACACACAACAUCACACCUCGGCAGAACUAGACAUAUGGAAAAGUGGCUCUUCCGAUACUGCGACCUGGCUCUAUCAUCUUGUAUUUAGCCCUGACGCAGCGAGUCCUUCAUCUCCCUCACCACAACCCCGUCAGCUUCACCAAGCAUCCGUGGCCGAUGAAAGUGCUGAAACGAACACGAAAACCGGUUUCUUACUGUCUUCUGAAGCUCCCAUACCACCGAAGAGGCGACCUUCGGAACCCGAAGACAAAGCCUUAAUCUUAUGGAGCAAACAAACCGAGCCAGGCUUAGUAGCGGAUAGACUACUCUCCUCGUGGACCACGCUCUCGUCCAGUCAGAUUGGCCUCAGCUCGACUCGUCAUCACAGUAUUGAAGGUGCGGAGGAUGAUGAAUGGAGGGAGGGCAUCUUAAACAUGGCAGAGGAGGAGGCAGAGAAGGACGACAACUCAUCUUUUGGUGAGUGGGAACAAGAGAAUGACCCUAUCGGGUCAGAUGACGAAGCAUUCCAGAGUGCGGAAGAAGCUAGCACGAUCGGCACCAAUGCACCCCCGUACAACUUCCGCAGCAAUACUCAGAAGGCACGUACGAGGAGUGCAAAGACCGCUGAUCAUUCUGAUUCGUGGGCCUAUACAUACGGAUCGUCACCGGUUUACGGCAAACCACCGGAGCCCAGUCGAGUUACUGGCGAGCCACAUGUGUCAUUCCGUACAUCGUCUACCAGCCGUCCCCGCCGCAACAGAUCUAAACAAAGGAGGCCUACCAUGUCUACCACCAGACCACCAUUCUUAGAGGCCGACAGCAGGAGGUCUUCAUCCCGAGUUCACACUAUUCAUAGUGAUUCGAUGGAUUCAGCUCACAGUGCGCCCAGUCGUGACUAUUUCGACAGUGAACAUUACCGAGAGAGAGCCAGACCCGAGUUUUCCAAUCCAUUUAGGCCUGGCCACAUCCCGCCAUCUGUCAGUUACGGGCAAACUCCUCCGCCAUGGCAGGGAUCGUCACACGUGCGACCACCCCCCGAGUACCACCAAGAGCCACCAAGACAAGCAUAUGCAUCCGACUCACACUUGCCAUAUCCACGAUCUCCUCCGAGUCCUCAACAAGUCGCCGCUCCUUUACCGCCAUCUCCAGUACCUGCUCCACCAAUUCCUACUCUACACAUGCCUGCUCCAUCGAUGCCUGCACCACUGGUGCCUGAUCCACCUGUGGAGAUGCAACCUAAGACGUCUGAAAAUGAGGCUAGGGAAGAUGCGCUUCUCGCCAGGGUAGAGACCUUGCUUCAGAAGCGCAGCCAAGAACCUCGUGUUGAGUAUGAAGACCCGCCGUUCUCAAGAUUGGCGAAGGUAUUGCAAGAGCGUGAGGUCCAAAGCGAACGGGAACGAGCCAAUGCAGCAACUGAAGCGCGCACGAACCAGAUGCAAGUUGUUCAUGAAAAAAACGAGGAGAAAGUGAAGCAACUCGAAAGUCUCGUGGCGGCUCAAAGGGCAGAGCAAAGGCGCAUGGAGGUUAUAUGGGAGGAGGAAAGGAAGGCUAUUGAAGCAAAAGCCACAAAGCAAGCUCAGGAAGUGAGAGAACAGGCAGCGAAAGAGAUCGCGGCCGCGCAGAUGGCCAAAGAAACAGCUCAAGCAGCCCUCAAUGUUGAGAGGCUAGAAACCGAAAAAGAAGCAAGGAAAAGAGCUGACGCCAUUUUCAAGGCCGAAAGAGAACGAACGGAAGAUUUCCACAAAUUGCAAUUGCAUCGCUACGAGGAGCUACUUCAUGGGCUACGAGAGCAGCUGCUGAACUCAGAGCAUGAAAGCGAUCGGGCUAUAAGACGGACCCAAAUUGCGGAAGGCAAUCGCACCGUGGAUGUAACAGAAUAUGCGACAAGCAAACGAGCUCCACUUUCGAUAUCGGCUUCUUCCUCAUUCAUAGACAAUUUUGCACACUUGGAUAUGAGGCCCGGUCGGACUAGCUAUCACGACCGGCCCCAAAGAAGUUCCCGUCGCCACAGCUUUCGUAGCACUACAGCCUCAUUGCAUGCUUCGCGUGCUUCGUUGGGGAGUAUAGGUACUCCUGACAGUACUUCAAAAUCUCAGCAGGUGAUCAUCUUCCCUGCAAAAGCCGACAGACGCUCCCAGAGGAUGCACAAGCUACAGAAGUCGUUGACUAGAUUUGGGAUUGAAUCUGAUUUUGAAGAUCCAGAAGACCUGCAUCAAUUGCACACCAGUCAACUUGUACAAUAUGACUACGACAACACGAAUGACCAGACUGUUAGAAGUACCAUCUUUUGGGAGGCGUCUGCGCUUAAUCUAGGAAGUGAGCUCCUGCUCACCAUGAGGCAAGCCGGAUGGAGACCAUCCUACACUCGCAUAUCAGAGAAAGGCCAAACUCACUAUUUAGGAAGUCAACCGGUGCAUACCUAUUUCUUCGAUCCGGACUACGAACCGCAGUUUUCCCCGUCUGAGACCGCACCAGGCAAGGAGUCGAUCACUAUUCAGAAAGCCCUCGUGGAAGAAUAUGCACUGAUUGAGCUGGGUUUCAAGUUUCAUACCAACGAUACAGGCGUAUAUGUUCUCGAUGGUAGACUUACAUAUAACGAUAUCGAGACUCUGAUUGAACGGUCAUUUCUGAUGAGAGAAAACAACUAUCGACGACUACACCGCCAGCUACAAUGGCACUUCGACAAGGAUCCCGAGGUACCCUUAAGUACCUACCCGGCCACGUAUGCGCCAUCAGUGCACUCCGUACCGUCCGUGUACUCGGGCGAGAACUCCACUGUCUGCGACGAUACCGACACGGAGACGCAAGGCAAAAGGAACCCAAGCUCAGCAGGCUCUGAUACCGACCAAUCUGAACUUGACAAAAGAGCUUCUUGUUCCUCACUACCCUUGUGACCAUCGAGCUCGCUACUCUGAUGAAUCACGAUUAUCCGAAAUCUAUCGUAUACACAAAGCUAGACCCUUGAAUCUGCGUCUAUCCUGCAAAGCUCGCAAAGUGUCUUCGCGCCAGGAGUAGUUGCCCAGGUGGCCUCCCCGCUAGCCUAUGACGCAAUCCGCAUCCCGAGAAUCGGUAUCAUUCCGAAGCAAC